AUGGCUCAGGCGCGGGUCACCGAUUUUUACGUCCAGAGAAAGAAAGAUGCUGGUGGGGCUGCGCAUGGUGAUGGCAAUACAACCCAAGUUGUGGACACUCCCGUGUCAAAGAGCUUGCUGCUAAGGCACAACACCGGAAGGAGGAGAGGUUGGCAGAGGCCAGAUCUACUGAGGAAAAUAAUCAGCCGCAAAACCGAGGAUGGAGAUAAGCUCCCAGCCUAUCAGCGGUACCAUACUCUUGCCCAGGAUGCUCCCCCUGGCCUCACCCUGCCCUUCAAGUACAAACUGCUUGCUGGAAUGUUCCGUAGCAUGGACACCAUAGUGGGAAUGCUUUUCAACCGCUCAGAGACUGUUACCUUUGCCAAAGUGAAGCAGGGUGUCCAGGACAUGAUGCACAAGCGUUUUGAAGAGACCCAUGUGGGCCAGAUUAAGACGGUCUAUCCUACUGCCUACCAUUUCCGCCAGGAGAGAAACAUUCCUACCUUCAGUGUUACAGUGAAGAAGACUAGCUACCAGCUCACAGUGGAGCCUGUCAUUGAAGCUGAUAAGAGCAAGGCAGUGCUGGCUGCUUCCCGCCUGUUAGAGAGGCGAAGUAUCUUCCAUCAAAACCUUGUCAGCAUUGUGAAAGGGCAUCACAAGGCGUUCCUUGCCAAGUUGAAUCCUCCUAUUAGAGUCCCAGAUGACAAGCUUACCCGCUGGCACCCUCGCUUCAAUGUGGAUGAGGUGCCCAAUGUCCUGCCCGGUGAGCUGCCCCAGCCCCCACAGGGAGCUGAGAAGCUAACCACUGCCCAGGAGGUUCUGGACAAGGCCCGCUCCAUGAUGACCCCUAAGAUGGAGAAAGCGCUGGUCAACGUGGUUCUGAAGACCGCAGAGAUGGUCUGUGUAAAAGAGCAAGGGCCUGUUCCACAAACUCCCGUAGCUCCUGCUGAAACUCACAGUGCCCUCAAAGGGGUGUCUCAGUCCCUGCUGGAGAGGAUCCGAGCAAAGGAGGCUCAGAAGCUCCAAGCUGCCAUGACCCGGAACCCUCAGCAGGAGGAGCGCCUUGUGAUGAUGUCACGGCUGGGGGAGCUGUCUCGGAUCCUGCGUAACGUCUUUGUGGCAGAGAUGAAACCCGCACUGAUCAUGGAGGUGGCCUGUAACCGGAUGAUCUCUAGUUACCGCUCUGCCAUGAACACAGGUGAUAUGGAGCUACACCUUCGCCUGCUGGCAGAACUGACUCCUGAAUGGCUUACCAUUCACACAAUUAGAAAGGACUUUUAUCUCAAGUUGAACAAGACCAUGGACCUGAAUGUGGUACUGGAGAAGCUGAAGCAGAAGACCAAAGAGGAAGAAAGGCUUUGAAGGUUAAAAGCUUCCCUGUGGCUCAGUUGGUAGAGCAUGGUGUUUGCAACGCCAGGGUUGUGGGUUCGAUUCCCACAGGGGGCCAGUACCAAAAAAUUAAUGACAUGUAUGCAUUCACUACAGUAAGUCGCUCUGGAUAAGAGCACCUGCUAAAUGACUAAAAUGUUUAAAAAAAGCUAUGAUUUUUCAAUGUGUAAUUUGAAUAGAGACAUAUUGGCCGUUGUGUGUGUGCAUAUAUAUUUAUAUAUAUUUGCAAUUUGUGACUUCAAGUCUUUGAUUAUUGUACAAUGCAUGGCUGGUUUUUAAAGCAAGUAAAAUAACUUGUAUCAAUUCAAUAACCAUGUAAUUUUUGUAUAGAUUUACACUGUGCAAUGAUUUUGUCAAUUCUAACACUGACUCAUUGUGGGUGGUUUUACAGUUGAGGGAGACUUUCUGGUUGAUUAGGUAGUAUGACACCGUUGUCUUCUGUAAUAAAACCUUUCUAGUUA